ACAUCGUAUGUUGAUAACGCGAGAUGUUUCACUGAAAUCUACUUCCGCGUUUGCUUUUAGCUUUUACACCAGUUUCGACUGUUUAGCUUGGAACACAAAGCUGAUAUAUCCUUCUGUUGUCAAUAUAGUGUAUUUAUUUUAAAAUAUUCAUGAAUAUAUCCUGACGUUGAUUUCAGCUCUUUGGGUAAAAGGUCUUCUGCUCUUCUUGGCUCAUCUGCAAAAUUCAAGUUGACCAAGUUUGCCGGCUACAUCUGCGUGUUCACAUCACGAUGUCUGGAAGUCCUGCUGUGGUUAUGCGGCUGGUGGCAUCUGCCUACAAUGUUGCUGAAAAGGCCGGCUCCAUUGUGAGGAAGGUCCUUCACAGUGGAGAACUUGGCAUUGUUGAAAAGACCGGAGCUAAUGAUCUGCAGACACUGGCAGACAGACUGGCACAGCAGAGCAUUUGUGCAUCACUUUCCAGACGUUUCCCCAAAAUCACCAUCAUUGGAGAGGAGGAGCUUCCAGCGGAGGAGAUCAAGGAAGAUCUCAUUGAAAACGGUCACUCAGAGGAAAUCCUUCAGAAGACAUGUCCAGCAGAGUACAGCGGGCUGAAAGAGGAGGAGCUCGUUGUUUGGGUUGAUCCUCUGGAUGGUACAAAGGAAUAUACUGAAGCAUCAAGGUGUCUCCGUCACCAAACUGACGCCCAGAUACCGCACAAAGGGUUGGACACCUCUCAAGUUCAAAGCACAGCUCUCUGGCUCCUGGAUAAUGUCACAGUGCUCAUUGGCAUCGCAUACCGAGGCAGAGCUAUUGCAGGCGUCAUCAACCAGCCUUUCUACAACUACCAGCUCGGAGGAGGAGAGGACUUAGGAAGGACCAUGUGGGGGAUACUGGGAUUGGGCGCCUUUGGAUUUCAGCUGCAGGAGGUCCCAGGAGACAACCGAAUUGUUACCACCACACGUUCUCAUAGUAACAAGCUGGUAACGGACUGCGUGGACGCCAUGGAGCCCCAUGAAGUCAUACGAGUGGGUGGUGCAGGAAACAAGAUCAUCCAGCUCGUUGAGGGCAAAGCUUCUGCUUACGUCUUCGCAAGUCCAGGAUGCAAGAAGUGGGACACCUGCGCUCCUGAAGCCAUUCUGCACGCCGUUGGAGGUAAACUGACCGACAUGCAUGGUAAUGCAUACCGCUACAACGCUGAUGUAAAGCACAUGAAUUCUGCCGGGGUUCUUGCUACACUGCGUAACCACGAGUACUACAUCAGCAGAGUGCCAAAGUCAGUGCUGCAAGCCCUCAAGUCUGAGUGAGGUCUAUCUGCAUCACAAAUCACGCUAAUGUCUCUCUGUGGUAGAAAGACUGUGACUGUACAUGAAGAGAAUUCAGUUCUCUAAAAUACUUUCAAACCUUCACAGAGAUUAUGUUCUGUACACACAUGCAGAGAAAACUUCUGUGUUAGAAUUCAAUAAAUCUUUUUUUUUUUGUACUUUUAAAAUGUUAAAUUACUGUAAUGUUUGAAAACAUGUGAUUUUGUUGAAGUGGUCACAUCAAACAUGCGUCGUUCAUCGUUUCUGAACAUUAAAUCAACCAGAGAGAGCAGGCUCAA